AUGAUACCGUCAACAAUUAUCAUCUUCGCCUUUUGCCCGAUGUUCACCGUCGCCUUCAAUUUCUUCAAGCAUACAUCGGUAGCGAAUAUUCCAGAAGAUGACCAGAAAGAUAAGACACUGUUGCCGGACAAUAUUAAGGUUGAUAUGACGAUAUCCUAUUCUCGCAAACCCGAGUUCUACAACAAGGCAAUGCUUGAGCUCAAACGCUUAGAAGAUGAGCCAAUGUGUCAUCGCCUAGCUGCUCACCUUCUCAUGAAUACCUGCCGAGGAUUGCAAGAUAUCAACGAACAGACACUACAAACGACGAAAGCAAAAAUGCAAAGGAACCACGUGGAAAGUUUCGCAGCGGCGUUGACACUUUGCGACAUGGAAGGUGUUAAUUGGGAGAUACCAGACGCUUGUGUGCCGCUUUCUAGCUCGGUGAUGCAUCGCACAAUCGAGGAAGAUAAAACCACAUUAGUCGUACCCUCUGAGCAGGUUCAGGCUUGUUUGACUACUCUUUCUAAAGAUCAUACGCACUGGAUGACAUGGCUGCAUCGUCGAGAUUCGGCUCUGUUAUUCUGCAGAGCUGCGAGCAUAGAUAUGGAUAAGGAUCAAAUGUUUGAAACUCAAAAGCUGCUCGUCAAAAUCAUGACAGAUUUUGCGAAAGAACUAGACAUCGAGUUGACUCUCCUGAAGGUAAAACUGGAAGGACAGACCAGAGAGGCAGAUCAGUUCUUUCAGGAAUUCAUGGAGCACGCAAAACAAAUGAAGUCAAGAUUUCAGGGAACAAUGGAUCAUGUUUCCAAAGACGUCAAGGUAGUAGCAUCUUCGAUCGCGUCUAUAAAAGACAGUGGUCUCGAUAUACAACGGUUUCUACAAUCUCUGUUUCAGACAGCCGUAGCAGGUCAUGCGGAAAUGGCCGCUAAGCAGGAGGAGUCGCUGGCAGUCUCCACCCAAAACAUGCAAACACGUUUAGGAAGUAUUAAUGAUAUGGCGGAAAGAGCCGAAACGUAUGCCGUGGUCAUGGGUAGAGCUAUGGAACACCUUUCAUCGAGGCUAGAAGUAUUAGCAGACCAACAAGAGGAUAUGGAAAAGAAGUCGCAAUCGGUACUCGUGGCGCUAGCCAAUGCUACAGAUCUGUUCUAUAUGCAUGCCGAGCAACUCGAGAAGGCAAGUUUCACUGCGGCCAAAAUUCAUGACAGCUUGGGAAAUGUUGCGACAAUAACGGAUUUCAUUUCAAGCUACACAGACAUGUUACAUGUCGGUGGCUCUUGGGGGGACUGGGCGAUCCGGGCUUUUAGUCCUCCUAGUGCGAUCAUGAUUGGGAGUUACGGUCUACCUCCUAGCUUAUUUCGCAAUGUCUUCUUGUUUAUUGCAGGAGCAACGACUGGCGAAGUCAUAGUGCUUCUUCGCAGAUCAGGCGAUUGGAGCUGGUCUUAUGACAGCUUCGUCCCUUCGACGUUUACCCAACUCGCUCGAAAACAUAUCAACCGCGAAAAGCUUCAAGCGAACAAUGACAUAGAGGAUUCACAAAUCAACUCUUUGAUCGUACAUUUUGACACGAACUGA